AUGCCAUCAAAGGAUAGUAGUGGUCACGCUUACACGAGUUUACCUCUUGAAGAUAUUUUUUCAACAUCUGAAGACGAAUUUAAUCGAUUACCCUCAACUCCUCCACCUCACUUUGAUGAAGGUACAUCAUUUGAAAAUAAUCCUACGAAUCAUAAUAUGACUUCAGAUGAGUUCUCUGAAAUUAAAAGAAAUAUAGAGGAGAUUAAUAACAUGCUUUCAUUGUUGAACACUAGAACAGGGGGAUUUGAUCCAGAACGAUUGUCUUCAAAAGCUGAACAAGAUAAACGUUGCGAGAGGACAUGUUUCAAAGUAUUCUUGUCGUUCGUGGUGGUAAUCAUUUGUAUUAUGCUUGUUGUUUGGUUCCUGGUAUAUCUAAGUAUUUGGUACGUCCGUUCUACUCACAAUAUAUCAUGA